AUGGCAAGUGCUAAUCUACAAUCAAUAGCUGAUCUAACAACAACUACACACAUAACAACGGGAGAUAUCCCUCCCCCGCUUGUGGGUGCCUCAACUACUACCGUCGGGACCGAACUCUACUUGUUUGCUGGACGACUGGUGUCCUCCCGCCGAAUGACCAAUGACUUGUACGUAUUAGAUUUGACUACUUUUGUAUGGAGAAAGACGGAAACUAAAGAAGACGAAACUCCCAAAGCACGAUAUUUUCAUUCGGCAAAUCCGUACAAAAAGUCGAUUAUAUUCUUUGGUGGAAUGGGAUAUUCGAAAACUGCUAAUGACGGGUUAUGCGUGUUGGACGAUAUCAAUAUCUACAAUACCGAAACGCAAUCUUGGCAAAACCCAGAAAUAGUCCCGUCAGCGAUACUGCCAAAGCCGAGGUAUGCACACUUGGCUGCAAUCGCCGGAAACAAGUUGGUUGUUGUUGGUGGACAGGAUAUGACUAAUGUUUAUAUUGAGGAAAUUAACGUAUAUGAUAUUGAAGAAAGGACUUGGACCUCAUCACGUUCGUUCGAGAAACACUGCGGAGCGUAUAGAUCUGUUGCUAUUAGCUGUGCCAGCCAUACAAACUUGCCGUCGUUUGGUAGCAAUCUUGUGGAUGCAAUGUCACUUGCACAUGAUGAUCAGCCCAUAUUCCCCGAUCCGCACAUGUCUCGGCCGUUGAGAAGAUCCGGUUCACAGCAAUCCAUACAGUCUAGCAACAACAGCAUUGUCAGCAGUGCAAUGUCGACUUCCACACAUGGAAGUUGGGGUAGUAGUGUGACCUCUGGUCCGUCCGGAGUAAAGUUAAUGAGGAGUAGAUCUAUCAAAAGAAACCAGUCGACGAGCGGAUCUUAUUUCCGACUAUCAUAUACAACUACAGUAACAGCGGAAAAUCCCAACCCAAUAUAUCUAUAUUCUAAUUAUAAUUUCACCGAUGUCAAGAGAGAGUUACAAGUCAUUGCUCCACCAACUACUGCUAAUUAUCAGAUCAUGGAUCACUCGGCUAACAUGUCUGGACCUUUUCUUCCGCCGGGUCUUCGAUUUCCAACUGGUGGUAUUCUCGGUCACCAUAUCAUAAUAUCCGGUACUUAUCUCACUGACGGCGGUCAAACGUUCAGUAUAUGGGCAUUGAAUUUAGCCAAUUUGAUAUGGACGCGCAUUGAUACGGGGUCCUGUUUUAUGCACGGGUCUUGGAAUCGUGGUGUAAUGUGUGAGGCAAUGAACAAAUAUGCAGUUUUAGGACACCGAGAUCGGUCUCUCGUCGAAGACUAUAACCAUCGACAAACUAAUUAUGACCAUGUGACUUUGGUCGAUUUGGAGGCAUUUGGAAUAUAUCAGCCUCCAUCUGCCACAAUGACACCAAUAGCGCAGGAACUAGGACUGGCUCUGUUGAACGAGCCGAAUCUUGCCGACUAUGAGGUUGUGACUUUGGAUAAAAAUCGGAUUUCGGUCAAUUCGCACAUCUUGUCACAAAGAUGGCCUCAUUUCCAAGCAUUAGUUGAGCAGCAAAUCGAGCGAGUUCCCGAACUGAAAUAUGAUAACGACCAUCCACAAGAUAGCGAAGAGAAAAUGGUAGCAAUGUACAAGCACAGAGUGAUCGAUUUUCCUGAACCAUAUCCAGUCACGCUUGCCUUUUUGCAGUACCUGUAUACCGACAAUUUGCUUACAAAUCAACAGCAGCAACCUCACAUACUAGCACAGCUAUUGUUAUUGGCUGACAUGUAUCAACUCGAGAGAUUGAAAAAGCUGACUGCACAUGCACUUCAUCAGGCAUUGAGCAUGACGACAGCUGCGUUGAUAUACGAGACUGCAGCAUUAUCAAAAGAGACUGGCCUACAGAUACGUGCAUUAAAGAUGAUGCACGAUCCAUCACAAUUUGUGAACCCGAAACCUACUACGAAUAACGCUGAUGUGAGAACCUCGUAUUAUGAUGCAUUCCCUCAACUGGCUACAUCGUCUAAUGCAUCACAAAUAACUGGAAGAACUAGAUCUUCAUCGUUGGUAUCUGCAUUUAGUGGUUCCUCCCCAUCGCUUAGAGGAGUUUUACCGGCAAUCAGAGACUCUCGAACUAGCAUUCUUUCCGAGGAAUCGCAAUAUAAAUUGAGAUCGACAAAGUCUACUAAUUCAUUAAAGUCCAUAAAACCGAACAGAAAUAUCUUUGCUAUUAGUAAUGGAUAG